UCUAUUAAAUGAAAAAAUGAAAUUCACUGAAAGACUAGCAACAUUUUUGACGCCCGAAUGGCGUAGCCAAUAUAUCAACUAUGAGCAACUAAAAGGCAUGCUCACAAGCGCUGUGGACAAUGCGCCUGCAGAUCAAUCCGAUUUGCGUGCUGUACAAUCCUACUUUGCGGUCUUCGAUGAUCGUUUCUUCGAGCGUUGCGAUAUGGAGUUGCAAAAGGUGAAUACAUUUUUUGCUGAAAAAUUAGCCGAAGCUAAGCGCAAGCAAGUCGCUUUGAAAAGCGAGCUUAAGAAAUCGCUCAGCGAUGCCGAACAACGUGGUCGUAUGUCGAAGCGAGACUUUACAACAGUGCUAUCCAAACGUAAGACCAGAGACUUUCGUUUCGCCUUCAGUGAGUUGUAUCUGAGUUUAGUGCUGCUGCAGAAUUAUCAAACGUUGAAUCAUACAGGCUUCAGAAAGAUAUUGAAGAAGCAUGAUAAGCUACUGCGUAACACCACUGGCAAGGAUUGGUUCAAUGUGAAUGUAAACAACGCCUUCUUCUACACCAAUCGUGAGAUAAUGAAUCUCAUACAUGAAACAGAGGAUGUGGUGACCAACUAUUUGGAGAGCGGUGAUCGUCAGCGUGCAAUGAAACGCUUGCGUGUGCCACCACUAGAAGACACACACCAUCCUUGGACUUCCUUUCGUGUUGGCCUGUAUUCUGGUGCUUUAGUUGUGUUACUCUCAAGUCUCGCCAUUUCACUUUACAUGACAGAACUAAGUGCUGAUAAUUUAUUAGCCUGUGCACGUCUCUUUCGUGCCCCCUAUUCUAUUGCCUUAUAUCUGGCCUUGAUUAGCAUUAAUAUCUACGGCUGGCGGAAAGCGGGCGUUAAUCAUGUGCUCAUCUUCGAAUUGGAUCCACGCCAGUAUUUGACCGCAGCGCAUGUUAUGGAGAUUGCGAUCGCCUUAGCUGUGGUCAUCACGAUUACACUGAUCGCCUUCAUACACGCCUCGUAUCUGCGGACGCCACGCUUUGUUUUCCCUUUGGCAUUGCUUAUUAUAAUGACGGUGUUCUUGAUUAAUCCACUGCCGAUCUUCAACUUGUCUGCACGCAAAUGGUUUCUCAAAGUUAUGGCUCGUGUGGUUUGUGCACCAUUCUUUCAUGUCGGUUUCGCUGAAUUUUGGCUGGGCGAUCAACUCAACUCGCUCGCUUAUUGUUUGGUCGAUUAUGCCUACACAAUUUGUUUCUACUGCACGAACCCAGACUUGGAAAACGCUGAUGAUCCCAAUUCAUGUGUCGCGCGUAAUACUGUCUUAUUCCCAGUGGUUUUGGCGUUGCCCGCUUGGUUUCGCUUAGCUCAGUGUUUGCGUCGUUAUCAUGAUACUCGUCGGGUUUUUCCCUUCAUCGUGAAUGCGGGGAAGUAUUCGAUGACAUUUGUUGUUGCACUCUUCGGCUAUCUCAUGGCCGGCACGCGUCUCUCCUAUGAAUAUUUCUUUGACAAUCCUUUUGUUUGGUUCUUCAUUAUAUCGAAUGUUGUGCAGACCGUUUAUUGCCUCGCUUGGGAUAUGAUCAUGGAUUUUGGUGUAUUAAAAAAAUUUACGGGAGAAAAUAUUUUUCUACGGGAUCAAUUGCUCUAUCCGACAGGAUUCUAUUACUUUGCCAUAAUUGAGAAUUUUAUCAGUCGAAUAUUUUGGGCAAUCAAACUCUAUUUAUAUCAGCAGGAGUAUAUGGUUGUAUUUCACAGUAAUACGAUUGCAAGCGGAUUGGAGAUGUUUAGUUCUGUGCUCUCUUUCAGACGCUACAUUUGGAAUUAUUUUCGUUUAGAGAACGAGCAUCUUUUCAAUGCAGGCAAAUUUCGUGCUGUGCGUGAUAUUUUCGUUGUGCCAAUUGAUCCUGACGACGAGCUACAACUACAACGCAUGAUGGACGAAGUAGAUGGUGCAAUAAAUCGAUCUUCUGUUGAAAAUGGCAAUGUUAUUGAUAUGAAAGAGGAUUAAACGAGGCACAGAAAUGAUGUUCAGAAGUGGAAUAUUUAUUUUUUUGUGUAUCAGAAAAAAAAUAUCAAUAUAAUUUCAACCCACUGAGAACUUUGAUAAAUUAA